UCCACCAUGAGACCAGAAACCUUGUUCAAAGACAAGAAUGUCGAGUUUCGCUUGGUUGUGAUUGGGUCUCCUGAGGAGGUCAACCAAGUUUUUGUGGCAGGUGAAGACCAGUCAUUUAUUGAGAGUGAAGGUAUACUCCAAGGUUUGAUCGACCUGCUUUGUUGUUACUAUGCAUAUCACGUCUCCUACCCUGAAAGUAUGGAAGGAUGCUUGCUUUUCCUACAAGACAUUCUUUUGCCAACAAAUGAUGGCAACUACAGAGGAACAAAAUUUUCCUCAUUUAUGGCAAAGGUGCACCAAGGAAUUAAGGACAAUUCUGAUUAGAACAAUUUAUACAUGCCUGGACAUUCAUGCUUAUAUUAUAUGCAUGCCAUAUAUUUAAGGCAAAUUAUUAUUAAGGCAAAUUUUCCAUAUGACUUUUAAAUAUUUGUUGUGAAUAUAUGUAAGUGUUUUCUUGUAUGAUAAUGUUUUCUAUUUUUAAUACAUAUUUCACUGUUUAUGGACAAACUGUUCUGACUAUUCAUUCUAUUUAGAUAAUUGCCCUAGGCAAUUUGAUCUUGUGUGUUGGGUAGCACACCUUAGUGUGUUCCAAAACACACCUUGCACCACCUAGCAGUAUGUGUCUUGGAACACACCAAAGUUGUGUAGGAAAACACACCAAAGUUGUGUAGGAAAACACACAACAGUGUGUUUCAAAACACACCUUAGUGUGUACUAAAGCACACCUUUUGCAAAACACACCUUAUAGUGUGUCAAAUUCUGGACAAGCAAGAAACACACCUUAAGGUGUGUUUUGGGACACACCUGCGUGUGUAAGAAAACACACCUUAACCUGUGUUAUAUUCUGGACAAAAAAGGUGUGUUAUUUGAACACACCUUUUUUUAGAGUGUGAAUACGUACAAUCCAGAAAGUCAGUUUAUACAAGACCUUCGAGAGAAAGAAGUCCCUGGUAUGAAGGGAGUAGUAUCGUCAUCUAAAGGAUUACACACCAAACUACGUCAAGCUGCUCAACGGAAAAAUGGAGUAACAAAAGAACGCAAACAGUUGAUUAAAAUGGGAAAUAAGCUGAGAGCUGAAUUGUUGAAAUAUAAAGGAGGGAAAAAAUCGCCUUCAAUUGAGGCACGUCAAUCGUCCAAAGAUCCGCAGAAUGUGGCGCAAACAUCCCGAUCCCAACUACGGGGUUUGGAACAGUUGCAAUAUGAACUAACAAGCAAAGAACUGCAUGCAGUAUGCACAGAGAACACUAGCGAGGAAUAAUGAUCAGCAUUCGCUAUCUCCUCGCAAAAAAAAUUCCGCGUCGGCCCAAAACUUCAAAAACACUCUUCAAACACGGAACUCGCAGAAAAAGCAGGCCUACCGGAAUCGUCUACUGUUCGUGACGAAAUCGUCUCGCGAUGGCAACCUUCGUUCUCAUCAGACGACCGCGCGUCGUUACAAGAUGUCUGGAAACUACUAGACGAGGACAGUUCUGGAUUAACCCAUCGCGGGGACGAAGUCAGCAAGUCUCAGCUUCGGGAAAGUUUCUCAACUACGGACAGUUUCACGGUCAAAGGUCAGCCUAGUCACGUGCAUCUCAAGCCAGAGUGUUCCAAGGCUGCGCUGUCUGUCAAGGCAGCUGGGAAAUGGACACUCUCCCAGUUUCAGUAAUUAGUUCAAGGAAAACGGCAGAUCGGAGGAAAAUCACAAAAGAAAUAUGUUGGGAUUAGUUGGGAUAUUUUGGGAUAUUUUGGGAAACUAUUGCGUCGAGACGAGACGUGAAUAUCCGAUUAUUCCCUAAUAUGGGCAUGCUCGCAUUUUAAUUUGCCCACAUGUGACCUGAGUAUGACAUGCCAACUCUCUUGGCGGCCAUUUCGAAUUUACCGACAACAGUGUUUUAAAGACCUCGGCAAUUAAACGACUUAAUGGCUUACGCUUUGGUUAAUUUCUUCGAAGAGAAUGCUUGGGAUGUCAUUCCAUAUUCCGAUAUUGUUUUUACUCAGGAACAUAAACAAAAUGAAAUCGAGAACGGGACAAAAAUGUUGGUUCUUUGGAAAGAUACAAAAUCCAAGAAAGCAACCAAAAGAAAAUUCCCUGCCGAGAUUGUAAAGAUAUCAGAUGACAAAGACUGGUUACUCAAAUACAUGAGAGAAGAUGAUUCUCCGGUUAAAACAGGCAAAGGUUUCCGUGUUAUAAAUGAUAGCGACAGUGACACAGAAAGACAGCAAGAACCAGCUGCAACGAAGAGGCAGAAAGCAGCAUCUAAAAAUGCUGAGCAAUCAAAGCGAUCAACCAAUCUGGCUAACAUGAUAAAGGAAAGAUACAGGAAGGAAAGUCUUAAAUUAUUUGAUGACAACAGUGUAUGUGAUGAAGAUUGCAAACAUUUAAGAGAAAAUAGAACGCUUCUGGCAACAAUCAAACACCUAAAAAGUGAAAAUGAAAGACUUCGGGAACAAAUCGAAAGUAGUGAUGAUUUAAAAGUUUCUUUGAGAAAACUGAAGAAGUAUGUUGCAUCCUUGGAAGGCUUUUCAAACCAAGCACCAAAAUUUGGUUCACAACAGAGCGUACGAGCAUACGAGCCUUCCGCAAGAUUGUCUCCUUUGACAACCAUGGAUCAUGGAAGAUCGUCUCCUAUCUCAUGUGUGUCAAGCUCAUCAACCAGAUCUUCUCCCACAUCGAUGAGUGGUUUUUCAGAAUUUGCUACAGAGGAACCAACCGUAAUUGCAAUUAGCGAAGACAACUUGUUGAAAGACAAAAGUAAGGAAAUACAAGGCUGUGAUGAUGACAACUAGGUCCAGGAGUUAGAGAAGGACACAUAUGCUUCCUCAAAAAUUUGUGGAAGUGACGAACAGUCUGGAUUGGCUGAUGUUAUGGCAGAUAAGGUUGUUCUGGGACCAGGCUUGUCGAUUUCAAAGAAUGUGCUUCAACGAAUAAAGACGAAGAAAGUAGGAUCAUUUGUGGCAAACCUGAUGGGAGCAACACUCACAAGAGAGUACAUGGCGACACACAGUUACAAAGGGCAGAAAGGGAAGAAUGGGCAAACAAAGCCAAAGCUUGAUACAAACUACACAGCUUCCCUAAUAAAAUACGCCAAGAGUGUAAGAUACACCGAACUUCAGCGGCCUGUUAUUGACGAGGACAUUGUCAAAGCUAUCAAGUUUAAACUGAACAAUGAGGAACAGGCGUUCAAAAAGCAACAAGAAUAACAGUAUUAUGGCACAGGAAU